AUGGACGAACUCUUACUGCUGGUGUACGCGUGCGUGCUUGGAUUGGUGGCGUUCGUUCCCGCCACCGCGCGGAGGGCCCUCGUCAAUGGCCUCUUGCCGUUGACGAAAUAUGUCACUGGCACCAGGGAGCUCAAUGUCUCAAACCGUGUCCGCGCCGCACACAAGAACCUCACGGCUGAAAAUCUCACACCGUUCAUCGGAAUCGCUCUCUCCGCGCACGGGCUCGGCGUGGUGGGUCUCGCAGGGCCAGCGGCGGUGUUCUGCUGCGGGCGCCUGGUGCAUUUCUUUGGGGCAAUCCUCAACCCGCCCUUUGCCCGAACCCUGGGCUUCGUCGCCGGCUGGGCCGCGUCCAUGUACGUAGCGUACCUCGUCUACGGGGCCUACUCGGCACUCGAGGCGCCGAGCGAAGGGGAGAAGACCUUUGCUCUUAUCACGGCCACCUGCGUCUUCACGUUGCUGCUCUUUGUCCCUUAUGACCUUGGUCGCAUCCCUGCCAACGGCAUCCUCAAGCUGACGUACUACAACGACAUCGUUGAGAGUGACUGGCUUGUGCGCGGCAAGGCGGCUCACCUCAACAUGGCCAAGGAGAACCUGCCUCCCUUUGUGGGCAUCUUCCUGGUGGCCGCGCGCCUGCAAAGUUUCGAUGAGUUGGCCGUGCAAGGUGCGCCUCAGCUCGCGCUCUACUUCCUCGCGGCGCGCUGCUUCCACUACCUCGCUGCGUACGUCAACAUUCCCUUCGCGCGGACCGUCGGCUUUGUCGCCGGCUGGGCCGUGUGCAUGUGUUGCGCGUAUCUCGUCGCGCUCGAGCUCCUGAACAUGGACAACCUCGAUGCCGGCUGGCUCAACCUCGAGAUGCUCAGCGCGAUCAGUGUCUUCACGCUGCUGCUGUUUAUUCCGUAUGACCUCGGGCGGAUCCCAGCGAACGGGAUUCUCAAGCUGACGUACUACAACAAGGAGAUGGUCGAGUCGGGCUGGAUUCAGCGCGCCAAGGCCGCGCAUCUCCACAUGGCUGGCGAGUGCCUUCCCAGCCUCAUCGGACCUCGCCUUGCCGCUAUCGCCGGCCUAGUCCUGGCUGCGGACUCGCUCCGCGUGCAGGAGGACCUCCACCUGCCGUACAUCUUGGGCUUUCGCGCAGCUCACUACUUUGUGGCCGCCGGCGAGGACGCAACGAUGCAGAGCUUGGUUGGUGCUGGCAUCAUCGUGGCCGCCACUGCGUGCACGUUUGUGGACAACAGCGUCGCGCCCGACGGGGGAUCGCCAGAGGAGACGCAGGAGAAGCUGGAGGAGAAGCUCCUCUCGGAGAGGGCCACCGCAAAGCCGGCGCCGCCGAGAAAGGGCCUUGGUGGUCUGGUCGACACGGCAGACACGUAUCUUCGGUACAGCAAGGCCAAGGCACGCGAGGCGACGCCAGAGGAGCGCGAGGCGACUGAUGUGGCGGGAGGGAUCAUGCUCAUGCUGGUUGCCGUGGGCCCGCUCAUCUACUACUACUUCUUUGCCGGCGCCGCCAGUGGCCCGCCACCGCCGCCGUCUGUGUUUAGCAACCUCAACACGUGA